AUGUGCGUUCUCCCCUCCAUUUUGCGGCAGCUUAUUCUGGGUGACAUGCCACAACCGAAUUCAGCGCGACCGGCACGGCACCCUGCAAAGCGGCCUAGAAGUGUGGGCGGAAGACCGGGAGCAAGAAGCGACGUUUAUCGUCCGCUACGCUACGUCGAUCCGGCCGCGCAGACGGUGGCAUCAGCGUUUUGCGAGCGCGCCGUGGUUGUCAUUUUGGAAAAGGCUGGGCUGCUGCUUGGACGUGAGGGUGUCGUCGACGCGUACGACCGUGCGGCCAACACUGAGAUUGCAAACGCCUCCCUGAAAGACGUCCGCCCUGACAUUGUGCACCAGUGCCUCCUUGCCCUCUUCGACUCGGAGCUCGGCUCGCAGCGGCGGCUGCGGGUGUACAUCAGCCUCUUUGCGCGUAGCGGACGCACCAUUGAGGUCUCCCCCGCCCUGCGCCCCCCGCGCACGUUUCGUCGCUUCAAGGGACUAGUUGCCGCGCUGCUUCGCGACGGCGAGGUGCGCUCAGUGGAUGGGACGGUGCUGAUGAAGAUAUUGCCGGGCUCCGUCGCGCCGGUAGUGCCGUACGGGGCACCGGUCAUUGGGCUUACAAACUCCGUCGCUGCGCCGGUGCGUACCGCGACGCAGUUGGCCCGCGAGGCGCUUGCAGCUCCGGUGGACGACAAGCUUCAGGGCGGUGUGAAAAGCGUUGCGGGCUUUUUCUGUAUCUCCUGCACCGACGAGGUCGACCUUGACGGUGUCGACUACGUGACGCAGCAGGUGUGCCUGAGUGCGUACCCAACGACGGCGCACGUGAUGUGCGCGCGCAUCUGCGAGGGGUUUACGCGGGUGGCGAAUUCGAGUGCCGCGACCGGGAUGGACAGCGGCGAGUAA